CGGAACCGAACACACUUGAGCUUUGGCGCGUUUUUUUAGUUCCGGGGUCAAAUAAAUGUCUAAAAUAAAUAACUUUAACUAUCGACUCGAUAUUGAUUUAUCGAGAGUCCAAUUGUAUUGCUUCAGUUUGUAGCUUUAAACAGAGAUGCAUGUGUUUUCUUUGUGGUGUGAAUCUCUUAUCAUGAAAAUGCUAUUUUCCAUGGAGCCUCUGGUUCUCCUGGCCUGACCAUGUCGUACAUCAGAUUGGAACCCUUGCCCCAUGAGAACAUCACACUCGGUCCUGAAGAGAAAAUGCUGGAAGAGAGCUUGGUGUUUAGAGGUCGAGUUGUGUUCUUGGCAUUUUCCCUCCUGUACCUGAUCAUAGGAUUUCCAGGAAACUUACUGACGUUGUGUGUCCUGAGACGGCCAAGCUUCAAGAAUAACGACAUUGCCUUUUACAUCACUAUCAUGUCCUACCUCAAUCUAAUGGACAUUGUCUUCUUCAUGUGCUUGCCCUUCAUUGGCAGUGUCACUGGGACCGUGGUGGAGAAUAUGAACUCUUCACUAUGUAUGUUAAGUUAUUUGAGCUUCAUGGCAGUGCUAAGCAUCAACAGCUGGCUGCUGACACCAAUGACGCUGGCCAAAAUCAUGAGUAGAAAGAACAAGGCGGUCCAGUCCAACACCCAGCACCUGGCCAUUUCCAUCACCAUCGUUUUUAUGUUGUGCGCGGUCAACAGCGGCCUUCUGGGCAUUUCCAGAGUCGGCUACCAGGAGGAGUCAGACAACAAGUUCGUGGGCUGCUACCAGACCAGAAACAUCCUGAUCCUGACGCUGGAGGUGCUCUUUGUCUCAAUCAUGCCUUUGGCGGUCAUGUUUGUCCUGUACAUCUACUUCUUUUUCAAGCCCCACAUAGAGCCUCCAUCGGAAGCGAUGUUUCAAAGAAGGAAGUCCUCCAGGGCUGGCUCCAGGAGACCCUCAAUGAUGAGGAGGAACAGUAGACGAAAAAGUAGCGUGUGCAAAGAAGUCCAGAAAACGUCCCCAGCUCUCCAGCACUUCGUUCUACUUCUGGACCUCCAGUACGCCGCCGCUGUGUUGCCAACAUCAACCUAUUACUUUUUACUCUUCAGCCACGAGUCCACCACCAUCAUAGACGAAGCCAAAGAGAAGUUUGCUCUAAGUCUGUCCAUGGUCAUCCUUCACAUGCAAGUGGCUACCAGCUUCAUUCUGUUCUACACCUGUGACGUGGAAUUCAGAAAAGAGGUCAGGUCAACGUUGCAAACGUACUUAUUGGGGAAGGGAGAGACACCGGAAGAAACGCCAGUAUGUGUAGAGGAAAUCCAAGUCGUAAGAAACGACACAGAUACUCACGACAUCCCUGAACCGGAAGCCACGAUGCCACACGAAGAUAAUAUGUCUGGGGUCAGAACACCACAAUCCAUGGACAGGUCUGUCACCAGUUCGCUGAACCAGAACCAAUCGCCACAGAUUUUGGAACAUAUUAAGCACAGGGGCUCUGAAAUAAAUUGAUUUGUUUUUGGUUGA